CUCUGCUGUAAUUUUGCGGGAAACACUUUAUGAAACCGUUAUCGUUGCUAAUGUGGCAUUUUAUAUAUUUAGGCGAGCACGAAAAAAGUUAGGCCAUGUUGUUUAGUGUUAGAAAUCAUUGUGUGUGUCGCUUGUUCGUCGGUCGUUGGUUGUUUAAACUGUUGGCCUCAAAUCUUGUUUUAAGCUACAUGGUAGCUGGAGUUUUUCCUUUCCUCCUGCCGUUUUCUUGGGACUAUGGGGACUGUGUGAUUCACAUCACUAAGAGAUUAUGAAUGAUGUCAUCAAGAAGGUGAAGAAGAAGGGAGAAUGGAAGGCACUGAUUGUGGACCAGCUAAGCAUGAGGAUGUUGUCGUCCUGCUGCAAGAUGACAGACAUCAUGACAGAGGGCAUCACCAUCGUGGAGGACAUCAUGAAGAGACGAGAGCCUCUUCCCAGCCUGGAGGCCAUUUACCUGAUUACACCCACAGAGAAGUCUGUCCACACCCUCAUCGGAGACUUCAAAGACCCUCAUUCAGCUAAAUACAAGGCAGCCCAUGUUUUCUUCACUGACUCCUGCCCUGAUCCUCUCUUCAAUGAGCUGACAAAGAGCCGCGCUUCCAAAACCAUCAAGACUCUGACGGAGAUCAACAUCGCCUUCUUGCCCUACGAGUCUCAGGUGUACUCUCUGGACAAUCCAGAUGCCUUCCACAGUUUCUACAGCCCCCAUAAGACCCAGCUGAAGAACCCAGUGAUGGAGAGGCUUGCUGAGCAGCUAGCUACACUCUGCGCCACACUGAAGGAAUACCCUGCUGUGAGAUACAGAGGCGAGUACAAGGACAAUGCCACUCUGGCCCAGCUGGUUCAGGACAAACUGGACGCCUACAAGGCUGAUGACCCCACUAUGGGAGAGGGUCCAGAUAAGGCCCGCUCACAGCUGAUCAUCCUGGACAGGGCGUUUGACCCCGUCUCUCCAGUCCUGCAUGAGCUCACCUUCCAGGCCAUGGGCUACGACCUGCUGCCCAUUGAGAACGACGUCUACAAGUAUGAGACCAGUGGCAUCGGAGACUCUCGUGAGAAGGAGGUUCUGCUGCAUGAAGACGAUGACCUUUGGGUGAGCCUGAGACACAAACACAUAGCUGAGGUGUCCCAGGAAGUGACCCGACAGCUGAAAGACUUUUCAGCUAGCAAGAGGAUGAACACCGGGGAGAAGACCACAAUGAGGGAUCUGUCCCAGAUGUUGAAGAAGAUGCCUCAGUACCAGAAGGAGCUUAGCAAGUACUCCACUCAUCUGCAGCUGGCUGAGGACUGCAUGAAGCAUUACCAGGGAACAGUGGACAAGCUGUGCCGUGUGGAACAGGAUCUGGCUAUGGGCACAGACGCUGAGGGAGAGAAGAUCAAAGACCCCAUGAGGGCUAUUGUGCCCAUCCUGCUGGAUGCCAACGUCACCACGUACGACAAGAUCCGCAUCAUCCUGCUCUACAUUUUCCUCAAGAAUGGCAUUACGGAGGAGAACCUGAACAAGCUGAUCCAACAUGCUCAGAUCCCCCCAGAGGACAGUGAGAUCAUCACCAACAUGGCUAACCUGGGCGUCCCCAUCGUCACAGAUUCCACCCUCCGCCGAGGAAAGAAGCUGGACAGGAAGGAGCGUGUGAGUGAGCAGACCUAUCAGCUGUCUCGCUGGACCCCACUGGUCAAGGACAUCAUGGAGGAUGCUAUUGAAGAUAAACUGGACACCAAGCACUACCCCUACAUCUCCACCCGUUCCUCUGCCUCCUUCAGCACCACUGCAGUCAGUGCUCGGUACGGCCACUGGCACAAGAAUAAGACACCUGGAGAGUACCGCACCGGGCCACGUGUCAUGGUCUUCAUCAUCGGGGGCGCGUCCUUCAGCGAGAUGCGCUGUGCCUAUGAGGUCACACAGGCCAAUGGGAAGUGGGAGGCCGUCAUUGGUUCCACCCACAUACUCACGCCCACCAAAUUCUUAUCGGACCUGCAGCACCCCGACUUCCGAGAGUCCACUAGGGUGUCCUUUGAGGACGCAGAACCCACAGCCGAGUGAGGCAGAGACAGAGAUUGGGAGGGAGGGAGAGAGAAAUCACACUGAAAAAAGAUCGACCAACAUCUUCACCCCCACCAGCCUGCUGGAGCAGCUCAAGGCCAUGAACAAACCAGAUGAGGAAGUUACAAGCUAAGAUCCUCCAAUCACAUCUCUCUCCUCUUCCUCUUAACCCCGCCCCCCCCCCCCCCUUCUACCAUCUUACCUCUGUACCCUUCCCCCAGAAACCCUACAUUAAUUGUUUAUGCAUCUUGCUUGAGAAGAAGAAAAAGACAUCUUAGAUGAUAAAAAAAUAUAUAUGUUGUAUCAAAGAAUAAAAUUGUUGCAAGUAUUCUCACGUUUUACAAUGGAUGCAACUAAAUUAACUUAUUUAAAAAGAGGUUUAAAUAUCACAACAGAAGGCCAUUUAAAACUGAAAGUACCAAAAUGUAAUAUUGUAUGCUACGAAACCUGUGCAAAAGGUAGACAUUUUCUCUUGUUUGUUCCUUUGGGUUUCCUCCUGGAUGUGAGUUUUAUUGGAAGUGGGUCGAGGAGGGAUGAGCAGUUUGAAAGGUUGAUGUUGUAAAAUAUAUCAUAUCAGUCAACAUGCAAUAUAAAUAUAAAUAAAUUCAUCAGAGAGGAGUCCCCCUUGCCCAUUUGAGAUGUUCGUAUUCAGUAGCAUGCUUGGACUUGUGUGGACUGUUAUGUGUUUGUAUCCAAUGUGGAUGUUCUGGGAGCCGCAGAGUUUUUUCCUAACAUGUUGAGCUUGAAUACUAAACUGAAAAGCUUUUUGUUUUGAGUAUUGAAAAGUAUAAAUAAGCGCUUUGAAACUUUGCAAACUACUCCUGAAGCAUUACCCACUACUCAACAGUCCAUCUGUAAACUCAGCUGCCAGUUUCUUUCUGGGCACGAAAACAUAAACAUCAUCCCCUCAUCAUCGCUGCAUGUUAGGGAGAGGUGAGAUACUCAAAACAAAAACUUUCUUUAAAGUAUUAAUUUAAAAGCCCUUGGUUGUGCAGAGGUCGGGAAGAAAAAGAGCUCUGUAAAAAGCCAGGAUCAUCCCUCCUCCUGCUGCCAAGACUGUAAAGUAUUUACUUGCCACAACCUUUUCCUUUCUCCAGAGAAACUUCACGUUUUAAUGUCGAAAAGGCCGUUGCUUGCCGAUAUUUAAUGAAUAAUCUUAAAAAGGGCCAGUUGUAUUUCAGUAUUGUAUCCUGUCAGAUUAAGUCUCAUCAUUGGUUAGUAAUGAUGUUUAAUUGGGCCAUGCACUGAGUAGUGUUGUGCAUGUGCCAUAUGUUGCUGUUUUAGCGUCUCACUGUUGACUGGUGAUAUUUCAGACUGUGAAGUAGUGAUACCUUUUCCUUUAAAAAAAUUAAUAAAUGUGAAGCCGCCGUGUUUGUGAUGUUUUAGCUGUAGCUGUUAGUGGUCAACUGGAAAAAAUAACUAAUAUCUAUAUUUUUUUCUGUUUCUUCCUCUGGUGCAACGUAAAGCCCUCCCAUGGUGAAUGGCUUUGCAAAGAAAAAAGCUUCCACAGUUUCCCUUUUCUUUCCUCCCUCACUUCCCUCUUUCUGGCCAAACAAGUUGUAUAUUGCACUAUAAUGCGUUUUCUGUGAUGCAAACGCUUGACUUUGUGUUCAUUUUUUUAUUAUGAUUUGCUGUUGUAUAGGGUUUACUCUGUCAAAUCAAUUGAUUUAUAUCAAAAUUAUUUAUCAAAGAAAAAAUAGUGAUGCGUCUGUCCUAAAACUGUUUAACUUAUUAGGAUUGUAUGUUUGCGAGUGUUGAAGCACAAACAAUACUUCCAUGUGUACCGAAUAUGUACUAAGGCUGUCUAAUAAAUUGGCUUCCAUUACA